AUGUUAGCAAGAUUAUCUCGAGCAUGGAUGUUCAAUCGAUCAUUGUGUUCAUCGAUGGUUACAUUUUCUUCACGGUUUUUAUCUUUUGACACAAAGUCGUUUUCUCCAUCAUCUAAACUUACUCAGAGUUACUAUUAUAAUGCAUCUGAAUUACCACUUUUCUAUCAUACAGUUGGGCAGCAUUUAGACAAACUUGCGGAUCUCUAUCCAAACCAUGAAUGCUAUGUAUUUAAAAGUGAAGGAAAUAAACGAUAUACAUAUAAAUCAUUUCUUGAUGAAGUCAAUAGUUUCGCAACAAGUCUUAUCGAACUUGGUUUUCAAAAAGGUGAUCGCAUUGGCGUUUGGCUACCGAAUCAAUCAGAAAAUUGUAUAAUGAGUUAUGCUACAUCGAAAGUUGGCUUGAUUAAAGUAAAUAUCAAUCCUGCUUAUAUGGAACGUGAAUUAAUUUAUUGUAUUAAUAAAGUAGGUUGUAAAGGUUUAGUAAUGAGACCUAAUGUAAAGACAAUUGACUGUAUGAAAAUAUUACAUAAAAUUGUACCUGAACUUGUCGAAACGAAAGGCGAAUUAAAUGCCAAAUUAGUACCAACAUUGAAACACAUAAUAUUAACAACUGGUAAUGAUGAGAAAAUCAAUGAAAAUCCAAGUCGUUUUCCAGCAAAAAUUCACUUGUUUAGUGAUCUUUUACAUAAAGGUGCAGGAAUUCGACAAGAAGAACUACGAGAACGUCAAUCACAAUUAGAUGGCGAUACUCCACUAGCUAUUUUCUACACAUCAGGCACUACUGGGCAGCCUAAAGCAGCUACAUUAUCAAACUUCAAUUUAUUAAAUUCUAGCCUUCCACUCUAUUAUGUUGAUCCAAUAUUGAUGAGUCGUGCUUGUUGUCCAGUUCCAACGUUUCAUAUAUUCGGUGAAUUAGCAGGCACUUUGAAUAUAAAUUCACCAGGUUAUUUUACAGCAUUUCCUGGAAUUUUACCAGACACAAUAGAAUCGAUGCGAACUGUUCAAGAAGAAAAAUGUACUGCACUAGUUGGGCCACCAAUUAUUUUUUGUGAUCUUCUUCAACAUCCGAAAAAGAAAGAUUAUGAUAUGAGUUCUCUUUUAUUCGGUAUAAUUGCUGCUGCUCCUGUUAAUCCAUUGUUGAUGGAACAAAUAGAACGUGAAGUUCCUAUAAAAAUGAUGAGUCAAGCAUUUGGUCAAACAGAAAAUACAGGUUCUAUGGCAAUGGGUGUUUUUGCUAAAGAUAAUAAACAACUUCGUUUUCUCUCUGUUGGCAAAGCAAUGCCUCGUAUUGAAAUGAAAAUAGUAGGUGCAAACGAUAAGAUCUUACCUAUUGGUGAAGAAGGUGAAAUUUAUGCACGCAGUUUCAAUGUUAUGAAAGGUUAUUAUAGAGAUGAAGAAAAAACACGUGAAACGAUAACAUCUGAUGGUUGGUUGAAAACUGGUGAUUUAGGUACGAUGGAUGAAAAUGGUUAUGUUUAUUAUCGAUCGCGUCGAAAAGAAAUGAUUAUCGUCGGUGGUAUAAAUGUAUAUCCAGUUGAAAUAGAAAAUUUGCUUAUGGAACAUCCAAGCAUUGCCGAAGCACAAAUAUUUAGUAUACCUGAUCAACGAUACGGUGAAGUUGUUUGUGCAUGGGUGAAAGUAAAAGCAGGCAAAAAAAUUAAUGAUGUUGAAGAAGUGAGACAAUUCUUAAAAGAUAAAGUUGCUUUUUUCAAGGUACCAAAAUAUGUGAAAGUAAUUGAAUCAUUUGCAUCAUUUACUACACCAACUGGCAAAGUACAAAAGUUCAAACUAGCAGAAGCAAUGUUAAAAGAGCUAUCUAAUACGCAUUCGUAG